UCGGCUAUGGAGGACGAGGCGGCGUCCAGCCCGCCAAGGGGCGACGACGCCGAGAAGAAGGCGACGAGGAAGAAUGCCGCGGCGCCAGUGCUGGUGUAUGCGCCCUGGUCACAGGGCGCGCGCAAGCAGGAUGAGGAGAUCCAGAAGAAGCUGGAGACGACGGACGAGCGGAGGUUAGCUUCCAUUGUUUCGGGGAUUGGAGCGUUCGAGACGAGCGGCAGCGACGAUUGGCACCAAGGAUCGGAGGUUUUCGUCAAGGGAUCUCACUGCUUAGAAAAACUGAGGGAGCUUCAGCGGUGCUUGACGAGAGACAAUCCGGAUAGCAGGCGUGUGUUUAUGCAGCUUGGGCAAUGGAAUGUCGCGGGGAAGUACUUGGUACCGAUCAUACAGCACUAUUCGGAAGAUCGUCAUCUCUUUCUUGCAUCGUUGAAGGUGUCGAUUCUCCUCACUCUUCCCAUCGAUCAAAACUCCACCAACACGUUCGACCAAGUAGAGUACCUGUGCCAAAUCAAAGAAGAGUUUCGCGAACGCAAUGUUCUCGGGGCAAUUAUCGCACAUCUAGAAGAACCUCUCAGGCAUUUGGAAAAGGGCUCUGUCAGUGAAGAUGACUGGAGGCUUUUGCAGCUGGUGCUCGCUUUCAUUCAGAACCUUCUGGCUGUACCAGAAGCUAUGAACUGGGUUGGUCCUUACCCUGCCGAGCGGUACUCUCAACUGCGAGAUGGUAUUCUCGAGAGUUUGUUUCGCGAGUGCGGACCGGACAUCGUCCUAGCCGUUACGAAGUAUUUGCCCGCCUUCAAAAAUGGCAUCCGGAAGGAUAACUUCCUUAUUAUUCAGAUUCUACACCAUAUGUUCUGGGGUCAAAAACCAGAGUUGCUCUUUCAAGCAUCGAGAAAGACAAAGGAGACAAGUUCAAAUGCUUUAAAUGAAAUGCGACGGAAGAACAUGCACCGCCGCACACACUUCUCUGGGACAUUUGUUCGUGUUGACAAGGACGGUACCAGAAAAAUGGUUCUGACAAGCCCGUUUCAAGCAGCGGAUGAAACCAGUAAGAAGUGUCCACAAGUCGAGGAACCUGAAGAAAAGUUUGCUCGCGAUAUCAACGUCCCUUUACCUUCUCGAGACGAUAUCAGCGUCUCGCUAAAGGACUAUGCUGAUCAGUUUUUAGAAACGGGAGCAUAUAACAUCUUGGUACAGACUUUCCAGGAAGAUGUUGAAAGAGAACGGCGAGAGAUUGAGACUUCUGAUUUUGUUACCUUUUAUGAAGUUGCUGAAUUUUUUCUAAGCUAUCAACGCUAUAAGCUUCUGAAAACACUUGCAGAUGAAAGUGCUUUAUCAGAUUCAGUCUGUGGUCAUGUUUCAUGUACAAUGAAUGAAGAGACGUUUCAGAUGGUUGUAUCAAAAUGGCAUGAUUAUACGGAAGCUGCUAAAUCUCCUAAUGACUGGAUCCCGGUUGUCGCGGUUGUUUCCCUGCUAAAAGAGAUGAUUCAUAUUCUGGAUUUAGUGCUCAAGAAACGGUCAAAUUUCUCCAAUCGUGAUGUUCGCACUGCUAGGACGCUUACUUAUAAGGUUUUCUAUGAUCAGACCGAAAGAGGCAUCUUGAAUACAUGCUGUAGAUCAAUCAAGGCAUUCAACAACUACAAACAACCUCGGAGAUAUCUUGAGAACAUGGUCGAAAUUACUCAUGUCGCAUUGAAACUGAUGGAAAAUACAAUCCAGGAAGACGGUGCUUUGAGAGUUGUCCAAAAGGCUCGAAAUAAAGCAUCCAGGAAAAAACAGGAUGACUCUAAAGAUUUAUCAGAUGCGGGACCUGAGAGUAUUGAAGCGUCGAAGGCUUCACUAGAGGAAAAUAACGACAUUUUGCGAGGAGAUCAGGAGCAGGCGGGGGGUGAUCAGGAGCAGGCGGGAGGUGAUAAGGAGCAGGCGCAAGCAGAGCCACUGCUUGACGACCUCCAAGACGACCAUGAUAAUGUUUCAACGCGAGAAGGCACUUUUAACGUCCUCAAAUGCGUUAAUACGUUUGCAGACAGUACAACCGUUUCCAACUAUUGCUGGCUCCUGACAUUCUACCAGUCCAACAGCCCUGCCUUGAAUUAUUACAUCGUUUGUAUGCUCCACCGGAUAUGCAAAGAUUGCGAGCUGGAGCCCUUGCUAUACGAGAUUUCAAUCCUUGAAACCUUUGAAACCAUCCUUUUGGAUGAAAAACUUCAAAAACUAGAAGAGUACAAAUUCCUCAUCUCCUUCAUCAACAAAGUCGUUCGUAACUUUUUCAAGAAACUGAAGUCGAAUCCUUGGCUUUACGUGGAUGUGCUGUUUACAAGAAGCCGUGAAUCAUCCCGUGACAUUGCCGAUGAUUACGAGUUCGAAGGGGAUACAUCUAUUACUUGCCUUGCGGACGCUCUUCAAGAAGAAGCUGAUGAUGGUUUUGUCAACCUGGCUUCUGAAUCCACGAGUAUUAUUGGCGAACGAGGAGUUGCUCAUAGAACAGUACCUGUGCCCAAGAAACGCAGAAGGGGUCCUUUCAAUGAGGAAGAUGAAAAGCGCAUUAUUGAGCUUUUCCAACAGUUUAAGCACAAGCGUAGCUGCUCCAAACUGAUUGCAGGAGCAUUGGAUAGCGAUGGGAAGAUAUCCAGUGCGCAAGUAACAAGAAAGCUAAAACAGCUCGGUCUACAUCGUAACGGGACUACACCAUCUCACAUUCACGCUGAUGGAACAAGUCCAAUUGACGCUGACAGGAAUGACGAUAUGGAGGACGACGAGUUAGAUAAGGGCAAUCACGACGGCGUCCAGCCUUUGAAUGAAUGGGAGGACGGUGAGAGUUCUGAAGACAAUCAGGGGUGGACUGAAUCAGAAGAAGAUGACGAUGAAGGUGACCUUGAGAAGGGAGAUACAGAGAACAGAACACUACCUGCUGCUAACAACGCUGACUACGUGGAGGAAAACAGGUUGCCAUCCGAUGCGGAAGUGGACCUUCAGGAAGUGCUCGACGUUCCUCCAGGGCACCCUGUAAACAGAAAGAAAAGACUGGUGAAACACCAAACUGCUGACGACGCUAGCCAGGACAUGAUGGACUUGGAGGAUUUAGCAGGUACCGAAGCUGAAGCCAUACCGAAGCCAGCCAAAAGAAGGGCCUUCACAAUCACAGAUGACGACGAUUAG